AUGCCGACGUUGGGGACGAAGCUUGGGGCGGCUUCGGCCCCGAACACUGAGACAUCGCCACUCCUCGAACCCGAGCCCUCGUGCAAUGUAGGAGCACCGAACCGAAACGACCGGGCCACAACAUCCCAAGAUCCGUUCUCCGGCGUCGCACAGCUCGAUGCCGCGGCAGGGAAGCUUAGCAACACGGAGCGCGUUUGGCUCUUUGUCGGGAUUUUCCUGGUCGGCUGCGCCUACGGCUUGGACAGUCAGGUCCGAUCCGCAUUCCAAGCUUACGCUACUUCGAGCCUCAACCUGCAUUCGACUCAUUCGACCAUCAACCUCCUGCGUAGCGUUGUCGCCGUGGCCUCGCAGCCUACCGCCGCCAAAGUUGCUGACAUCUACGGCCGGUUCGAAACCAUUUCGGCGUCGAUUCUCUUCUAUGUCAUCGGGACGGCCCUGGAGGCCAGCGCAACGUCCGUAGAGUUAUUCUGCGUGGGCGCCAUCUUAUAUCAGAUCGGGUGGACCUGCAUCGUUCUGCUUCUCGAGGUUCUCGUUGCCGACUUUUCGUCCAUGCGCUCCCGGGUAUUCUUCAGCUACAUGCCUGCCAUUCCUUUCGUCUUCAACACGUGGAUUAGUGGAAAUGUAACGGCUGCUGUACUGCGCGUAAUGUCGUGGAGAUGGGGCAUUGGAAUGUGGGCCAUCAUCCUACCCGUAUGCUCCAUUCCGCUGCUCACGAGCCUAUACUCCUUCGGUCGACGAUCCCGGAAGUUGGAGGUCCACUCUGAGUCAAAGAGAGCAGCGGUUGACCUCUUUCACCAGCUGGAUGCCAUCGGUCUUGCCAUCCUCAUCGCGGCCUUCUCAUUCACUCUGGCGCCCCUCACCCUGGCGGGAGGAACCGCUAGCCAUUGGAGGUCCCUCGGGAUCAUCGCCCCCCUUGCUUUUGGUCUGUCAUGCAUUCCCACCUUCAUCUUUUGGGAAAGUCGUUAUGCCGAAGCUCCCCUCAUACCUUUCCGCCUCCUCAAGGACCGCGGAGUCUGGUCGGCUUUGGCGGUGCGCAGCCUUCUCAACUUUGCGUGGUCGACUCAAGGAAACUAUCUAUUUACGGUGCUCGUGGUAGCUUUUGAUUUCUCCAUCGAGACAGCAACCCGCAUCUUGUCAUUUUUCUCGUUUUUUGGCGUUUUCAGCGGCGUCCUGGUCGGCAUUGUCAUCUACAGGACCCGCAGACUCAAAGGCAUCAUCAUAGCAGGCGCUUGCAUUUUCACGGCAUCAUUCGGCAUCCUUAUUCUAUACCCUGGGGGCGCCACCUCCGACUCCCAAUCAGGCAUGAUUGCCGCGCAGAUAAUCAUGGGCGUGGCGGGCGGCUUGUUCGCAUACCCAACUCAGGCGUCUAUCCAGGCAUCUGCAGAUCGCGAGCACGUCGCUGUUGUCACCAGUCUCUACCUAUCAAUCUACAAUGUCGGUAGUGCCUUGGGGAACUGCUUGUCAGGUGCUCUUUGGACACAACUCCUCUUUCCGACGUUGCAACACAACCUUUCCUUCCAGCCAAACUCGACGUUAGCCCAAGUUGUUUACAACUCACCAUUCUCGACCAUUGAGCAUUAUCCUGUUGGCGGAGAAAUUCGAGACGCUAUCAUCGACAGCUACAAAGUUGUUCAGAGGCUUCUGUGCAUUGCUGGAUUGUGCAUAUGUAUACCGAUGAUCGGCUUCGCCUUUGCUUUGAGGGACCCGAAAUUGUCCGAGGAACGAGUGCAACCGGAGGCAUGUAUAGAUUCGGAUGACUGA